CUCGGCAUCCCGCAUCUCCUAAUCUCCUCAUAUCCCAUUCAGUCGGCCACAGCUGUCACACGACACGCAGCCACCAUGUCCACCUUGACAUCUCCAAACCCUCCAGCGCCUACACAUCUCUCCUACAUUGUCAUUUCAGGAGGCACAGGCGCCAACUCCUUCGCGAGCGCCUUCGGACCUUCUCCGGCCUAUGUGUUGCCUGUCUCUGACGAUGGCGGCAGCUCCGCCGAAAUAUUGCGGUGCUUCGGCGGUCCGUCUAUCGGUGACAUUCGCUCGCGUUUAAUCCGCCUUAUCCCUCAACCAGCCAACCCGACCUCUCGGGAAGAUCGAGAACGCCAAGCCAUUUACAACCUUAUGGCUCACAGAUUCCCCGCAACUGUAGCAGAGAAGAUUGCCCGCGAAGGGUGGGAGGAGAUUGUUGAAGGCCGCAGCCCGCUUUGGAAUGACAUCGGCGAGGACAAGCGGGAAUGUAUCCGUGCCUUCCUCGUGCACUUUCAGACGCUGUGCUUGCGCCGCGCCCACAAGCGCUUCUCGUUCCGCAACUUUUCACUAGGCAACGGCUUCCUUACGGGCGCCCGAGAAUUGUUCAGCAAUCUGCCCAGCGCCAUCUUCAUGUUCAAGGCCGUUGCAGGAGUCAAUGCAGGAGCUCAAGUCAUCCCCGUUAUCAAUACGAAUCAAACUAUAACAAUAGCGGCCAACCUGGAGAAUGGAGACAAGAUCAUCGGUCAAUGCAACAUCUCACAUCCCGCCCCUCCGCCUCCCAUACUGCCGCUGACCCGCCUGAAUUCGCGCGGGGCCUCUGUCGGGUCCCGGCCACUUUCCAACAACCACCUGCGUCCACCACACAGACGCGACUCGCGCACCUUUGACACUGUGGAUAGCGCAAGGCCUUCACCCAGUCGUGGAGCCACACCAUUGCCCACCAUUGACCUUGAUGACGACGAAGCUUUUGGCCGAGGUAACAUCGCUUACACGAAGGGCAUGGUUGAGGUGCCGUUAGAGUCACGCAUUGAGAGACUGUUCUACAUCAACCUGUACGGCCAGGAAAUCUUCCCUGAGCCAAAUGGUGACUUCUUUGACGCGCUGGACAAGCGCGACGUGCUCGUGUACUCGUGCGGGUCUCUGUGGACGAGUAUCAUUCCAUGUUUAGCGCUGCGAAGCCUGGCGUCGACUAUCGCACAGUCCAAGUCACUCAAAGCCAAAGUUAUGCUUUUGAACUCUGUCAACGACCGCGAGACCCCCGAUUACACGGCCAUGGAUUAUAUCGACACUAUAGCCAACAUGCUGCGCCACUACGACGUACCUGCUCCCCUUCAGAACCCCAACGACAUAAUCCCCUGGGAGACAAGCAGCUUCAUCACGCAUAUCGCAUAUCUUGAUGGAGGUGCAGUGGAAGUCGACGAGCAAGCCAUCCAGGCACGGGGAAUCAAACUCAUCCGCAUCCCCACCGAUGUCCACAACACUCCAGCGGGCCAGAUACCGCUGUUCAACUGCGCCACGGUUGAGUGGACGAUGCAGCGGGUUGUAGCCACACUGUAGCCAGUGAUAGCAUGCAGCCAUGGAGGGUUUA